AUGGCCUACCAGCAAGACGUCCCCAGUGAUUGGGAUGGCAUAGGAUACUGUGUUGGGUGCUGGAUUUGGGGCCAGGCUCAUGACCACGAUGCUGAGACUGGCUGGGGAGGAGGCUCAAGCUCUGAGGACACCAUAACUGAAGCCUCUUACCUGGGAGAGAGGAGACAGCAUCAACGUGUAAGUGAAGAUACGAACGGAGAUCCAUCUUGCAGCACAGAGGGUGAAGAGGAGGAGGACAGGAUCGAGGUUGAGGUUGAUAUGCGGACAAUUAUAUCUCCGGCCCCUGGAUGCCCAGACCAGGCAGUUGUGGCGUCUAUCUACGCCACGACAGCGCCACGUUCAGCCACAGUCCCAACAAGGAGCCUCAUCAUCUUGCCUGGUUUCCUCUCCGUCAUUGUCCAUCUCAAGACAUCAUCAUUCUCCAUCAUGGCCAACUGCUUCUGGACGUUCGGAGGAAGCUAA